AUGAAACAAGUUCCUUUUACCCUUGAUCACAAACAGCAGUACAUAUGCCGGUCUUUCAAUGAUCAGAUCGCCCUCAAAACGUGUGACAGAUGCUUUCAAUUCGUGGAAUCCAACUGUAUUUUCACCUGUUCACUCCCUCUUGACACUGCUCCAAACUUGUGCUCCAAAUACACGUCACCUCAUUUUACUGUUCAAAACAUUGAUUCUUACCCAAUCAUGAGCUCCCCAAGCUCCACCAGCAGCAGCAGCAGCAGCUUCACAAUCAGUUCGUCGACAAGACCAAGUGGAAGCAAAGGAUUCAUGCAUAUGCCUGCAGAACUCUUCGAUCACGUUGACUCACAUCUGUCAUAUGAGGAUUCUAACAACUUCAAGUCAGCACAUCCACUCAUUGACAUCCGAUUGACCAGUAAUUUGAUCUACUACGAUAAACUUCACCUCAGUGACGACGAAGAUGAUUGUUGGAUCUCUGAUACACGUGGUCGCGUUGUUCCUCGAAGAUUCAAUGCAAAUAAUGCAUCAGAUCUCUUCCGAUCGCUUGAGAAUCUGAAAGAAGUCACUGUUAUCAUGAAAGAUGUAAACGUAAAAAACCUUCAAGCCAUGGGACCACAGAACAACUUCACCGAAUGCACACCGUACACACCUGGUGGUUAUUUGCAGAAACUGUUCGGUGGAAUCUCACCAUCAGAACUUCAUCUGAGACAGCUUUCCCUUCAUGUUGAUAUCAUGGUCGAGUCUCUAGAAGAUGUUUACUGUCUUGUGUGUCCCACGGAAGAUCUUAAAUUUUCGAUGAAUGAACUUGUCAAUGCAGAAUUCAACUCCUUCAUUCAGAUCUCGAUCUGCUGUGCUCAAAUCCGACCAACCGACGAAACGGCUCGAAAUUAUCUUCUCAAUGGAAUGCAAUUCGCUUUGAAACAUUGCAAUGAAAUCGGUGCCAAGACUGAAUUUGUGAUCGAACCUUGCGAGGGAUACGUCGAUAUGACAGUUGAAAAGGGAAAUGUUGAGUACUCAUUUGCCUUCUUCUACUACAAUCCAACUAUCUGUGAUCCAACACCAGAAGACGCUGAAAUGCCAAUGAUUACCGACUUAUCACCAGUUGUCUAAACCAUGUACCCAAUUUCUCCAGAUGUCUCAAAAAGUCCUUCUUCUUGUUAAUAUAGCUCGCCUCCUCAAAUUUUGAUCUUCCAAUUCCUCUCCGCCCAAUAUAUUCUAGUCCGUGUCUUACCCCUUGACAAAAAUGAGCUUUUCUCAGAUUCCGACUAAUUCCAAAAAAAUUCCCUACGUUUUGAAUAAUUGUCGCUUUGUAUUUUUUUUUCUCGUUUUCAUACGGGUGUUCAUCAUUCAUUUUACUUUUUUAAAAAUUUUCCUCUCGUUUCUUUUGAACGUCCCAUUUUUAUUGCAAUCGUUCAUUGUCUAGGGUCUAUCCUUCUAAUCAUUCUUCUUCUCAGAAAUAUCACAAACCGUCUGUGUUGCAUUCAAAUUUUUAAGUAAAAAUAAUAAACUAAAGAACCACAA